AUGUAUCAAGAUGCAUGGGUGGAGGUGAUGCAAUUUUUAGAGCCGAUUGAUGUGUUGGCGUCUCUACUCACUCUCAAUAGAAAUUUGUAUGAAUGGAUUAGAAAAUCUUCGUGUUUAACCUUUGAUGAUAUUUGUAAUUAUUGUGCUGGAGAUGAAAAUUCAUCCCGAGGCUUGAAAAUUUCAUUUCAUCAUCAAAUUGAUGAUCAUGAUAAUUCAAUGAUUGAUAAUGUAAUUGAUGAUUAUUAUGUAAAAUUGGUUGGAAAUACUAAAUAUAUUAUUCGGUUGUACUUGGCAAAAUUGGCCAAACGAUUGGGAAAUCAAAAUCCUGUGGAGAGAUCUGAGAAAGAAAUUUCAAAAAUUCUGAAUUCAUACGAAUUGAAAUUAUUGAAUUUUUAUAGAUCUGUGUUUUUUCCUCAAUUUAAAUAUCAGGAGAGUGGAACGAUUAAUUAUUUUGUUUUGGGAGAUACAGGAAUAGGAAAGACAACUUUCAGAUAUUUUAUAUGUUAUGGAAAGAAAAAAGAUAGUUAUUAUGGAGCUACUGGAAUUGAUUUUCUUAUCAAACGGUUUCAAAUUGCUGAUGAGAUGAAAUGUGAACAUAAGAUUUUUGACACUGCUGGUCAAGAAAGGUUCUUUGCUCCAAACAUGAUGGUGAAAAGACAUGCAAGAAACGAUAGGAUGGGAUUUCUUCUUUGUUUUUCAAUGGUUCAUCUAGUGUCGUUUGAGAAAUUGGAUGAAUGGUUUUCUGCUGUUAAGGAACAUGCCCAUCCAGAAAUUUCAAAUUAUGGAUUAAUUGUUGGAUUACAUCCCCAGAAUAUUCGUUGGGUCGAAACUCCUAGCGAACCUCAGAUCUGUGUUAAAGAUACUGUAAAGAAAUCGUAUGCUCUUGGUAAAUCAGUGUUUUUUGAAGCGAAUUGCAAUGAGUCCAAACAAGUAUUUGCUCCUUUUUGGUUUAUUCAAUUACAAUGCACUUAUUUCAAUAAUUGUAAAGAGAAAGACAAGGAUCUAACACAAGUUAAUAAUUCUUGGAACUGCUCAAUAUAUUAA